UUAGGAAGCAGGAAGAGUAUAUGUAUGAGAUGAUGAAAUGAGCAGAGAUGAAAGAAAGAGAUUUUGAGAGCUUUGACUUUUUGUGAGAGUGCGAAGAUCUCAUCAUCCAUAUAUUCCUUCUAUUGUCUCAGACCCACAAAAAACCAAACAACAUCACCAGACAAACGCAGGUAAACAGUACCACAUAGGCACUUCUGAGACAAGACAACCUUCUCUUUACACAAUUAGAAACCCCAGCUUCAGUUACUGUUACUAUAGAUCACUUUGACACGACGCUGAAUCUUGCUACCUUUGACGUCAACUGAAUUAUAAAUUGAUCACUGGGUCUGUUUGUGCUCGUGCAUCUUGUGGGUCUAUGAUCGUUCAAACAUCAGAUUAGUGGGGUGAUUGUUUGGUAAUCAGAAACCCUCAAAUACACAAGCCAUGUCAAGGGAAUGAAGCUUGAGGUGGAGGAGAAUAAAUGGGGUGUGUGAUUAGCAGAGAAGUCUCAUCAGGAAUAAUCUCUGAAGUGAAGGAAGAGAAGAAUUUGAGUGUUGAGUCCAACAAGAAGGUUGAUGAAGUGUCCCCUAGCCGAGUCGAGGGGAACGUGGUAGAGGCUCAUAAUGGUGAGAGGGAGGAGAAGAAAGAGAAGGGUGGUGUUGAUGGGGUUCAGCGGCCGAGGGGUGAAAGAAGAAAAUCAAAGCCAAAUCCAAGGCUAAGUAAUCCACCAAAGCAUUUGCAGGGGGAGCAAGUAGCAGCUGGGUGGCCACCUUGGCUUACAGCAGUGUGUGGAGAAGCACUUAGUGGGUGGAUUCCACGAAAGGCUGACACAUUUGAGAAAAUUGAUAAGAUUGGUCAAGGAACUUAUAGUAAUGUAUAUAAAGCUAAAGAUACAUUGACGGGUAAGAUUGUUGCACUGAAGAAGGUUCGAUUUGACAAUUUGGAACCUGAGAGUGUAAAAUUCAUGGCUAGAGAGAUUAUUAUUUUGCGAAGAUUGGAUCAUCCCAAUGUUAUAAAGCUAGAAGGUUUAGUUACAUCAAGAAUGUCCUUGAGUUUGUACCUGGUGUUUGAUUACAUGGUGCAUGAUUUAGCUGGACUUGCUGCAAGCCCUGACAUCAAGUUCACAGAGCCUCAGGUUAAAUGUUACGUGCAUCAACUGCUAUCAGGACUUGAGCACUGUCAUAAUCGACAUGUACUUCACCGUGAUAUUAAAGGGUCCAAUCUUCUUAUUGACAAUGAAGGAGUACUUAAAAUUGCUGACUUUGGACUUGCAUCUUUCUUUGAUCCAUCCCACAGACAUCCCAUGACUAAUCGUGUAGUUACCCUUUGGUACCGACCUCCUGAGUUGCUUCUUGGUGCAACAGAAUAUGGUGUGGGUGUGGACCUUUGGAGUGUUGGUUGCAUUUUAGGAGAGUUGUUGGCUGGGAAACCUAUUAUGCCUGGUCGUACAGAGGUGGAACAACUGCAUAAGAUAUACAAACUUUGUGGUUCACCUUCUGAUGAGUAUUGGAAAAGGUCAAAAUUGCCUAAUGCUACCUUGUUUAAACCUCGAGAACCAUACAAGAGAUGCAUAAGAGAGACAUUUAUAGAUUUUCCACCUUCUGCAAUGCCCCUUAUUGAUACUCUUCUUGCAAUUGAUCCAGCAGAACGGAAGACUGCCUCAGAUGCUCUAAGAAGUGAGUUUUUUACCACCGAACCUUAUGCUUGUGAUCCUUCUAGUCUUCCAAAAUACCCCCCCACCAAGGAAAUGGAUGCUAAACGACGGGAUGAUGAAACUAGGAGAUUAAGAGCUGCAGGCAAAGCUCAUGCUGAUGGUGCAAAGAAGCAUCGAACACGUGAUCGUGCUGUAAAAGCUGUUCCUGCUCCUGAAGCCAAUGCUGAGCUUCAGUCCAAUAUUGAUAGAAGGCGUUUAAUCACUCAUGCAAAUGCAAAGAGCAAGAGUGAAAAGUUCCCUCCACCACAUGAAGAUGGACAACUUGGGUAUCCUUUGGGAUCUUCAAAUCAUAUUGAUCCAGAUAUUGUUCCUCCCGAUGCCUCUAUGGGUUCAACUUCAUAUACUUUUUCAAAGGAACCAUUCCAAGCUUGGUCAGGUCCCAUUGGUAAUCCUGCUAGCAUUGGGGUCACAAAGCGCAAGAAACAUACUGCAGGUGAAGCAUUGGAUUUAUCAAAACCAUAUAAAGGUGCCCCCAAGGAUAAGGUUAAAGGAAAGAGAAUCAUAUCUUAGAUAGUAUACAUUCUUAUAGAGUUAAAUUCAGAAAGAUUAUGUCCCUAGUGCCUCAUUUUUUAGUGUUGAGUCCAACUACUGCACAACUCGCUUUUAAAUUUUUUCAUAGUUUUUAUCUAUUGAUUUUCAUUUAAAUCGAGGUUUUCUUUUUUCUUUUUCUUUUCAUUUUGUGGGUUGGUUAAGUCUAUUGGUAUGUUAGAUAAUUAUUAUGAUGUACAUUGUGAUUUUUUGUUUUUAUACUUGUGUCAAUAUCUGAAUUCUGUUCAAUUUGUUGAGAAUUCACUUUUAUAUAUAAUGUGAGUUUUAAUUUUUAAAUGAGUCUUUUUAAAAGUUAUUUUUAACAAGAAUAUUUUUUAGUUUUUAGUUGUCUUCUUCAAUUUGUUGUGAUUUUUUAUGCAUCGAGUCUUUAAUCUUUGUAAUUUAUCUUAAUUUAAAUUUUCAUAAUAUAUCUUUAAUUUUUUAAUUACUUAAUGUUUAUAAAACUUGAAAUAAUUACAAAAUACAAUUUCAAUUCAAUAAAAUUCGUGGAAUGCAUGAUAAAUUUACAAGUUGCAACAUUGCGGCAAGAUUGGGCCAACCAUAUUAACUCUGCCACUCUUCUUCAUCGCCAUAUUCUUCAGCUGCCUCUCUAAACCACUUCAAAGAUUAAUGAUACACUUUAACUUUAAAAUAGAAUUUUAAUUUAAUUUUUUACUCCUAAGUAUUUAUUAAAAGUUAAUUCAAAGUGGACCAUAGUCUUGAUUGAUACCAAACUUUGAAAUGUGAUACCAUUUUUUCUCCUUAAAAAUUUUGUAAAAAGGAUAAUGUAAUAUACACCAAUUAAUUGAUGGACCUAUCGGACUCAAUGCACCUCAAGGGCUGUGCGUACGAUACUAUGGAGCUUUAUUGUUUAUCAUAUUAUACAAUAUUAAAAACAUUUAUUCAAUGAUUACCCAUUUAGCCUAAUUUAACUAUGAUUGAAUUAUUAAAUGGUGAAUUAAUAUACCUACUGAUUUAAUCGCGGGUUGAAUUUUAAAUCAUUGAACUGCAUAGUCUCUAAGGAGAACCUGUUUUUGGUUUGUCUAAUAUUCUUUUAUGGGUACAAAAUUCCCAGAAAAACAACCCCACAUUGCACGUUUAGAAGAAUGUUUAAUAUAUUUUUGAAAUGAAAUUUCAGAAAAGAGAAAGGCAAUGUAAUUAAAAAUAUUAAAAAGAAACUUCCCAGAUAUUUUAUUGGUUUUGGGCUGAAUAUUCGGGCUUAAGGCAUUGAAAGGGGCCCAUUAGGAGUUGUCUUGGGCCUUAUCUUGUUCGCUUAGCCUAAUGAACAAAAUAAGCCAAAAAAUAAAACGGUUAAAAAAUAUUUUGAGUCAUUACACACUGGCUUAGUGCAUUGAAAGGGAAUUAGUUCGCAUUGUUAACCAUUUAAUAUUCAAACUUAAAGUGGUGGAAGUUGAAAGCUUAAGAUAAACCUCUACAAUAAUGCGUUUCUUUCACCCCGAAUGUACCUCUUGGUUUCUAACAUGAUGCAUAUUUAAUUAUCCUCUAACCUUCUAAACUAAUUAUGCUAUGUUUAGAAAUUCACCCCUUCAAGUGUCAUGAAAAAAUGACUAAUACUGCAAAAAUAUAUACUCCUUUUGCUUCAUAUAUUCAAAGUAAUAUAUACUUCUUAAAAAACUCGUUAUUUAUAUGGAUUACUAGUUGUGAGAUUCACGAUGAAUAAUAAUAAAUUGCAAGACAUCGCUUUAUGCAUGUUAACUCUCAUAUUCAUUAUGCAUGUUGUUUAAUUAACAUGGAUGGAUAGGACAUUCGUGAUAUUCAUAUGAUUGAUUGGGGUAAGUAAUCGUGAUAGUCUUUUUCUAAUACUAACUUAUAUUCUUUUUUAAAAAAAGACAUUUCAAUAUUUUACAAGAAGAUGAAAUAUUUAAAGUAUGAUGUUUUUUUUUAUUUAAAAUUGAAAAAAAUCCUAUUUUUUCUUGACAUUAUUUAUUUAUUUAAAGAUAAUACUUCUUAUUAUUCUAAUUUGUGUAUCCAUAAUGAAAUCUUACUAUAAUGAUAUUACAUUCUAGGACAUAGUUGAAGGACAAAAUUUUCUUAUCUCGCACCACCUAACAAACAAUUUUACAUUUAUGACAUAUACAUGUGCAAAAGUAGUAUUUCAAUCAAGACUAAACGUUUCAUCUCUUUGCUAACAACACACAUGCAAGGGUCCAAGCAUUGCUCUCAACUUGGAUAUCAAAUUUGGCCAUUUCAUUAAAAAAAAUAAUUAAAGAUAUAAGGUCGCAAAAAGUCAACCCCCAUUUACCUAUCAACAAUAGGAAUUAUAGUCAUAAAUCACUGUUGCACUUAUUUUUAAUGAUGACUAAUCCACUUAUUUUCAACAAUGACUAAUCCACCUUUGUCACAGCAUACAAGAGGGCUUAAAAAUUAGUCCAACCUCAACAAUCCAUUAAUCAAUCUAGCAAAAAUAUAAAAACAUAAAUAAUAUUUUUAAAUUUGGCAUCAACAUAUGAUAGCAACAUAUAGGCAUGUAGUCAUAUAUGUAUAUACAUAAAGUAUUUCAAAUAUCUAUGUAUCAAAGUGUAACCAAACAUUCCUCACAAAAUAAGGCAAUCCAACUAGUAUAAAUAGUAAACCCCCAUACAAAAUCAUCAAAUCCAAAAUGAAGUAAAUGACUUUGUCCUAAGUGCAGUCCUCAUCAAUGACUCAAAAUAAAUUUACAAAAAGUUUUUCAAUGGAAUGGAAUCCUCACUAGGGUCAGAUUUAAUUCUAUUCCAUCGAAUGAAGGUAGCUCAUUCCAAAAUCUAUGGCAAAGGGAAGGAGGCAACUUGUCACCAAUGUCUCUCCACUAGAUGAAAGGCGAUAAAGAGCAGGAUAAGGGUCAAGGUGGUGAUGGUGAAGGACAAUGGAUGGAAGGUCCUACCUCAUCUACGGGUGGAGGAGGUACAAAUAACAGGGGAUGAGCAACAAGGCAAAUGGAGGACUCAAUGUCCUUCCACUCAAGCUUUGGGAUAGGGUUAGGGUCAGUCUCCAUAGGGCGCUAGUUAGGGUUACCUGAGGAUUAGGGGGAGGAUUUUGGUCUAAAGGUUGUGAAGAAAGAGGAAUAGAUGAAGAAAAAGGAAAAUGUCAUUUCAAUUUUGGUAGGAAAAUUGAAAUCUCGACCAAAAUAUUGUCGUUCCAGUAGAGCUUCCAGCCCUCAUCUGUCAUGGGUCCUACGCCUAGGGUGAUCAAGCCCUUAUAGAUGUGUCGGUGCAUUUCUGGCUCGUAAAUCUACAUGUUCUCCUCGCUGAGAUAUGAUUCAAAUCCUUACCUAGUCUUACUCAUUUGUAGUAUACAGUAAACAAACAACAAAAG